UUUUUUUUUUUGUGAAUAUACUUUUACAUUUUCUCUAUAUGUUAUGGAUUACAUAGACUCACCAGUGACUUCACCUAUAGAGUCUUCAUUACCUUCACCUAUACAACCUACCAAAAUCAAACGCCCAAUACCACCUAAUGUUUUAUUACGCAUCUUUCAAUUAUUACCAUUAUCCAGUUUGACCAAUGUUGCUCUAGUUUCAAGACGAUUCAAAGUAUUGGCUUAUGAUGAUGAAAUAUGGGAUGAAAAGUUAGAUAUUAUAGAACGACAUACAGCUGGUUCUUUUGGUACUUUUAUGGGUAAGUAAUAACCAAAGAUAAAGGGUCACUCAUAUCAAAAUAUCAAGAAAUAGUUAUCAACAAUAAACCAUUGAAUGAACUAAUACCUGGAUUACAAACGGAUCCUUAUAACGCUAGAGCAAGGGCAAAAUCUACCGGUGAAGCAAGAGAACGAUUUAAACAAUUAUAUACUCAAUUGAUACCCUAUUACGUGGACCUUCGAAACCGUCAUAG